AUGGCUCAUUACUCUUCAUCACCGGUCUUAUUGGCCACGUUGGGAGCGGUGGUGAUAUGGAUUCUACACAAGUUUCUCCAACAAUGGCAAAGACAACGUCGAUACAAGUUCCCACCAAUGGUGCCUGGGUUACCCAUCUUUGGCAAUUCAUUCCAGAUGCCCCUGACUCAAAUCGAACAGGCACCGUGGGCACAAAGUCUGGCGAGGAAAUAUGGUGAAAUGUUCACGCUACGCCUCGGAACGUCCAACUUCAUCUUCCUCAACUCUUCUCGAGUGGUGACGGACCUCAUGGAGAAGAGGGCGGCCAAGUACUCCUCGCGCAACCCGAUGCCUUUCGUCCAGGACCUGAUGUCGGGGGGCAAACGUAUCGUCCUCAUGGGUUACACGGACCAGUGGCGAGACGUGCGUAAAGUCAUGCACAGCAUCCUCAACUCGCGGCAGAUGACCCAGUUCGCGGAAUACCAAGACCUGGAGAGUAAACAGUUGUUGUGGGACUACCUGGACCGUCCGGAACUGUGGUACCGGGCGAACCAGCGGUACGCCAACGCCGUGAUUUUGAGCGUCGUGUUUGGGAGGAGGUUGCUUCUUGACGACGAGAAUUUGGAACCUUUGCUCAAGCAGGCCGAAGAGAUGGUGAAGCACCUACAACCCGGGAGCACGUUGGUCGAUACUUUUCCCGCUUUGAGUAAAUUGCCGACUUGGAUGCAGUGGUGGCGUGCAAAGGGGUUGAGAUUGUACGAAGAGUCGAAAAGGGUAUACGGAAAAGAAGUUGAUAGGGUACGAAAUAGAAUGGCAAAAGGGGACGCCAGACCUUGUUUCGCCAUUGACUUUCUCAAGGAAACGGAAAAGACCACCAUGGACGAAGAUCAGAAACUGUUCGCCCUGGGAAGUCUGGUCGAGGCGGGAAGUGACACUUCACGUAUGACGAUGAGUCAGUUGAUCGCCGCCGCCGUCUUGCAGCCGGAUUGGGUCCAGAGGGCACGCGAGCACCUCGAUCGAGUGUGUGGUGGUGUUGGGGAUGAUGCGAAACGCCUGCCGCGCUUCGAAGAUAAACCUGGCUUGCCCUUCAUCACGGCCGCGGUGAAGGAAGGGUUCCGAUGGUAUCCAUUUGGGCCGAUUGGUGUGCCACACAUGAUGAGCCAGGACGACGAGUACGAAGGGUACAAAUUGCCUGCGGGCACCAUGGUGACAUGGAACAUGCACCAUUUGUCGCGGAGUCCGGACGAGUAUGAGGCUCCAGAGAGGUUUUGGCCAGAGAGGUUCUUGAAUGAGGAUCUGAAUAACCCACUAAAGGGUCAUUGGGCUUUUGGUGCAGGUGAAAGAGUAUGUCCUGGUUAUAAUGUUGCCGAGACGAACCUUUGGAUGUUCUUGUCGAGAAUGUUGUAUUGUUUCAAUUUUGAACCUGUACCGGGGAAGGAGAUUGAGGUGGAAAAGGUUGUCUGGCCAGCUAUUGAUUAUCCUCCGUUUGCUGUCAAGAUUGUUCCAAGAAGCCCGGCACAUCGAGCUUUGAUAGAGAAGGAGUGUUCACAUGUGUCAGAGAUAGUAUAUUAG